AUGGGAGCUGCAUCGGACUCCACUUCGAUCUCGCGCUUCUUCAAGCCGAAGAAGUUUGCUUUCCAUUUCUUUUUCUGGGGGUUCCACUGGGCGUUGUUUGCGAUAGGAUGGUGGAAACAAGCUGGAGACGCUCGUCUUGCACCAUUGAAUGCUCUUCAGUAUUCAGUAUGGAUCUCUCGAGGUGCCGGUCUGGUUUUGAGUGUCGAUACAAUGGUUAUUGUAAUGCCCAUGUGCCGAAACAUCCUCCGUUGGCUGCGGCCAAAGGCUAGAUGGCUACCGCUCGACGAGUCGCAAUGGUUCCAUCGACAAGUCGCCUAUGCUAUGCUGGUCUUCACGGUGGUCCACACUUCCGCGCAUUACGUCAACUUUUUCAAUGUCGAACGAGUACAGGUGCGACCUCAGAUCGCGCUCCAGAUUCACUACACUGAAGCAGGUGGAAUCACUGGACACAUCAUGCUCCUGUGCAUGCUCUUGAUCUACACCACCGCCCACCACAGGAUUCGACAGCAGUCGUUCGAGACAUUCUGGUACACCCAUCAUCUAUUCAUUCCAUUCUUGCUGGGUAUGUACACACAUGCGACAAGCUGUUUCGUUCGAGACACAGUUCCUACCUACUCUCCAUUCGACAAGGACAACUUCUGGACUCACUGCAUCGGGUACGAGGGUUGGCGAUGGGAGCUCGUCGGAGGCGGUCUGUACCUCUUCGAUCGUCUUUACCGCGAAAUUCGUUGCAGACGACAGACCGAAAUCGUCAAAGUCGUCCGCCAUCCGUACGAUGCCGUUGAGAUUCAAUUUACCAAGCCCAGCAUGAAGUACAAGCCUGGGCAAUGGUUGUUUCUCAACUGCCCAGAGGUCAGCUAUCACCAGUGGCAUCCCUUCACCAUCACCUCUUGUCCUCACGACCCCUACAUCUCCGUCCACGUCCGUCAAGUUGGAGACUUUACCCGCGCUCUCGCCGAUGCCCUCGGCGCCGGUCAAUCUCAAUCCAAGCUAUACGACGAGCUGGAUCCCAUGGGCAUGUACGAAAUUGCGCUCCAGCACGGACAGAAAAUGCCCGCCCUCCGCAUCGACGGCCCCUACGGCGCUCCCGCUGAAGACGUGUUUGAGAAUGAAGUGGCCGUUCUCAUAGGCACAGGUAUUGGUGUCACGCCCUGGGCCUCGAUUCUCAAAUCGAUCUACCACCUGCGCCUGUCGCCGAACCCACCCAAGCGUCUGCGCCGAGUAGAGUUCAUCUGGGUCUGCAAGGAUACCUCAUCAUUCGAAUGGUUUCAGACCCUGCUCUCAUCCCUGGAAGCCCAGAGUCUGGGUGCAUCAGACGGCGACCAGUUCUUACGAAUUCAUACCUACCUGACGCAGAAGAUGGACGCCAACACGGCGCAAAACAUUGUGCUUAACUCGGUGGGUACGGACAAGGAUCCACUCACGGAGUUGAAAUCUAGGACCAACUUUGGGCGUCCGGAUUUCCCGCGCCUCUUGUGCGGCAUGCGCGAUGGGCUGCUGGAUCGCACGUAUAUGAAUGGGUUGGAGAGCACGCUACGGACGGACGUUGGUGUAUACUUUUGCGGGCCGAACGUAGCAGCUAGGGAUAUCAAGAAGGCAUGCAAGGAGGCGACGUGCCAGGAAGUGAACUUCAAGUUUUGGAAGGAACACUUCUAG